GCAUGUGGCAACCGAUUGUCGUUGGCGUCCUCCUCGCACUCGUCUUCGUCGGCGCUGUCGCCGUCGGGCUCAAGCAGCGCCACUCGCCGCCCCCCGCGCGGUUUCAAUCCCGGUCCCCGACAGCGCUCUUGUGUUUUCGGUCGCUUUGUCUCGCUUUUUACCUCGUCGUGCUCGUUGCGCAGUGGAUUAAAUCUGGCUUUGCCGCCUACAACUUUUACACGUUCUGGAACUUCAACCUUCAGGCCGUCUACUUUGCAUGGACGCUGCUCGCCUGCGUCGUCGGGUCGGUCAACAGCCGCGGGCUCAACACCCUUUUUGAUGUCGUCUUUGCCAACAGCUUUGUCGUCGCGGCCGUCUUUUGGGGCGUGCUCUACUCGCCCAAAUACGGGGUCACGUGGCUCCAAGUGGCCCAACACGGCGUCAAUUCGGUGCUGCUCCUCCUUGAAUUUGCACUCAACGAUUUCUCCGUGCAGCCGCGCAGCUUGAUAUAUGCGUCGUUUCUGCUGCCUGACGUCUUUGCUGCAUUUGCGUGGGUCGCGCGCGAAUGCUGGCUGGACUAUUGGGUCUAUUCGUUUCUCAAUGUCUACAAGGGUGCCUCCCCGCUGUGGUACGUGGGCAUGCUUCUCGGCCACUGCGUCUUUUUUGGCCUGGCGAUCGGUCUCUCCAAGCUCAAGCAGAGUGUUCGGCGCGAUGCCACGGAGCUUACAUCUCCCUUGGUGCGCGAGUCGAUCAGUGUUCAAAAAGUCUAG